GCACCCCGGUUGAAGGUGGCGGAGGCGGGCUGGUAGGCCGCGGAGCCGGUGCGACGGGAGCUCCGCGGAGGAGCCCCGGAAUCCCGUCCGCGGGGCUGAGGGCAGCCUCGCCGGGCGCCGCGCUGCCUCCUCCCCCCGGCGGCCCCGGUGCGCCAGGCCGGCAAGGUGGCAGCGGUGCGCCUCGGCGUGCCGGCAGCAGCCGGGCUGGUGGUAGCUGGCCUUCUGCCCCGGUAAUAGUGGCUGGGUGAGGGAGAGACGUCCGAACGCCGAGCCGGGGACAGCGGUGGCGGGCCCCGGGCGCUGCACCUUGCGUUCGCCUGGUGGUCAGGGGGUCAGGGCAUCCUCCGAACGAUGGCGUCCGUUGUGAGCCAGACACCCAUUUUAGUAACUUAGCCUUACCUUGGAAGGGUUAAUGACGUGCAUUUGAAGAGGAAAUAACUAGAAGGAGAACAGAAGGCACUCCAGAUACCAUAGCUGCUUUUGCAGGUACGAUGGCUCGUGUCUUUGUUUACGGGACGCUGAAGAAGGGCCAGCCCAACUACAAGCACAUGAUCAACACGGCCAAGGGGCUAGCGAAAUUCCAGGGAAGGGGCCGCACGGUGGAGAAGUACCCGCUGGUGAUCGCAGGAAAAUACAACAUUCCUUACAUGCUGAACAUCCCGGGAACAGGACACCACGUCGCUGGGGAGAUUUACUCGGUUGACGACCAGAUGCUGCAGUUCCUGGAUGAGUUUGAAGGCUGCCCCGAGAUGUACCAGCGUACCCUGAUGAGCAUCGAGGUGGUGGAGUGGGAAGGGAAGGGCGGCGCGGGCGAGGGGCGGGCAGCCGCCGAGGGCGUCGUGGAGUGCUUCGUCUACAGCACGACGACGUACCCGCCCGAGUGGGUCGGCCUCCCCUACCAUGACAGUUACGACUCCUCGGGGAAACACGGCCUCUCCUACGUCCUACGCGAAAGCCGGGAUUAGGAACGGGAGGUAACGCAGCCUGGCUGAAGACGUAGUACUAAGCACGUGCCGAUCGGUAACCUUUCCAGGAAAGCUGUAACACCUUUCUAUUAGAACACGGGAUCUCUUGUAACCUUCCCAACCCGGGAGCCUUGGCGCUAGCGUUGAAAUCUUGUAGGCCCAGAGAUGGGGACUCAUUUCCCCGGCUAAUCUCCGUCCUCCUCGCCCCCGCUAACCUGCCCCGAGUAACUGGGUUUGCAUGAGGCAUAAAAUAAGUGUUAUCUGCACAGUUUUGGGGUCUAAUUAUUUUCUCCAUUUCCCCCACCACCACCACUUUGCCCCAGUGUAUGACUGAAGGUCAGGGAAAGGCAGAGGAAGGAGCUAAUUUUCUUUUUACCUGAAUUGACAAAUUUUCUGGGGUAGCUCUGCAAGGUGGGUGGCAUAACGAUGGUACUAUUGCACUAAUAGCUGAAAGUGAUCUUAAAAAAAAAAAAAGCACGCCUGCAAACAAAGUAAAGCACAACUGGCAUUUAAUACUGACUUGUAAUGGUGUUUAGUAGGUUACUGAAUGGGAACAGGGAGAGAUGACCAUAUAGAUACUGCGCGCUUCGAGACAAAUAUUACAUUGCUGGAGAAAUAGAGAAAAUUUAAAGACUAUUCUUACUCUGUUGCAGUGUUUUCCUGAACUGGAAAAGAGUAUUUUUAAAACGUGUUUAGUUUUAUAAGGUACUGUGAAGAAAUAUUAAAAGAGUAUAUGAGAAUGACAUUUAAAAUGGUAUUUUUAAUUUAACAUUCCAAGCACUUUAGGGACCACUUCAGUUCACUGGGUGACUGUGGGAUAUGGGGGGAUGUUGGGGACCAGGAAAAGCAAACCUGAUCCCAGCUGCCCACUACCCUCCAGCACACGCAGCUGCUCUGAGCACUUACUGUCAAGGUGACUUUUAGCCGAGCACUUUUAAUGCAGAACUUGCAACCGCAGGCAAACUGGGUAUCCUGUGGGGGGGAGAUUUUUAUAUACAUUAUAAAAAAAUACCCAAAGGACCUGUAUUGUGAUUAUUGCACCAUGUAAACUGGGAAAAAGAAAGGAUGGGAAGACGACAGUUGUCCCCCUGACCCAACCAACUGUGCUGGUUUCUGUACAAUCUGGGAAAAUCAUGGCUUUCUGUUGUUAUGCUACUGUGCCUUAUAUUUUCCUUCAGCGGCAGUGUUUGGUACGUAUAGACUGUACAGUAUACAAAGCUGCCAAAGGGAUGCGAGCAGGGAAUGUGUGCCACGCGGUGAGCCAAAGUACGAUUAAAUGUACUAAGGAUGCCAUUAAGAAGAACGUACUUUUGCUUCACUGCCAGUAGCCCUGUGACGGCCGGGGGAGAGCUGGGGUAGGGAAUCAGCCCGGGGAUCCAGGGUAAGGAAUCAGCCGCAACUUCAUCAGAGACUGCUGCAGCUCACUUAGAAACACAGACAGAAAGCUUGCGUUGCUACAGCAGGCUAAUUAAGUAAUUUUAAAGUAGACUAGUCAUGUCUUGUCUCUUUAGCCUACCUUUUUUUUUUUCUAGUUCAGAGUAACCUGCAGAAGCCGAACUGUGCUCCUUUUGGAAGGGGCAAGAUGGCAUUAAGGAGAUUUGUAGGAAGAUCUGCAGGGCGUCUGCCCCAGCUUCUCCAACUCUAACAGAAUUCAUUUUCCUGGAGGGCAGGUCCUGCCCAAACACUCUCCUUACUCAUCUCGAAGGGUUUUGUAAACUAAUUAACAAAGCAGAGCCCCCGUACUACAUUAUUCCCCCUUGGCCGUGUUGAUGUAGUUGGCGGUGUCUCAAUAACAUGAAAAAUGCCCCUUCAAUCAGAAGUUUCGAGCAGAAUGGUGAACCUUUCUGGCUGGCCGUGAGUCACCAGCCCUGUCACAGACUGCUUUUGUCCUUCACCUUCCUGUAAAGGGCGCAGGCGCCUCUGGCCAGAGGGGUUUUUCUGGGAAGUGGCACGACUCUGCACAUCCUCGGCAAGAAAAUGAGAGCGGGCCCCCUCCUUCCUGGGGCAGUGGCGGAGGCACAGCCACAGCGGGAAGGGUGACGGAGAGGGACGUAGAAAAAGCCAGCUGUAGGAGGUGAGACCAGAGGCAGGAGGAGGCGGUGUCCUGGCCCAGCCAUGGGCAGCAGCGCAGGCCUCGGCAGGAGCGUAGGGACAGAGAUGAUGGUGACAGCGUGCAGGGACUGUGGAGGUACCACUGUGCCCAGUGAGCUGCAGCUGCUGACUUAAUGAGCUCGAUCAAUUAACGGAAGAGGGCGCCUCUGUUAGCCACACACUAACAUUCUGAACCCAGUAAACUUCCGGUAUCUGUGGCGUUGAGUUCCUGAGUGAGGAGUGGGGAAAAAAAAUACACCCUCUUACCCAUCCUGACCAAGUCACCGUCCCUCUCCCUGCUGCUCAAGUCUCUUCAGUCUUCCUCCUCUCCAGGCACUCUCUGGUUUCCCACGCUGGAUGCGCAGCUCUUCCAGCAGGAUGUAAUUACGUAUUACGAACAGUCCUAGUUCUUCACACAAGCUUUAGUAAGAGCUUUUGCACUUGGGUCUCCCUUUCCUGUAGGAAUUCGGGAGGAGGCUUGGCCUGAGGGACAGCAAGUGCCUCUAGCAAUCCCUUGGGAUGGCUAAGGGGCUUCAAGGGCAGUGCCAGCUCCUCCUGCAAGGACUUGAAUCCAGUAAUCCAUUCAAAGAAGAUAAAGGGGAGGAAAUUUGAGUAUGGAGUCUGAAUAAAAGAAAAAAAAUUCCCUUACCACCGUAAAUGAAAAUACGUGGGGAAAGUCUGCACUAGCGAAAGAAAAACCCCUCUAGCCUGUAAUUUACCUCUAGCCUACACAAAGCCUUCAAAAUAUUACAAUAAAUCUGAUCAGAAUUUAAGCCAUCAGCUGUACUUGUAAGUACUCUGUGCUUACACAGAGCGUAGGAAAACUGCUGGGUUCAUCACUCAGUGGUUAAUUUUUCACUCUUACCAGCCAUUCUGUAUAACUUGGCUGGGGCCUCAACCCCGCGAUAUUACCAUGGAGAAGAUGAAUCGGAUUUGGGCUUUUGUUUUCUUUUUUAAAAAAAGAGGCUUUUCCUGUUUUAAAGCAGAAAUGGUAUUUUAUUGAUUUUAUUUGAUCCUGAAAAAUCAAAGAAUUACAAAGGUUAUGUACAAGUAUUUCUGGAAGUAAAAAUCUGGGAUCUGUUGCCAAGGUUUAACAUCUGUGUUUGCUGUCUUAACCGCUGAUACAAUAAAUACGACCGUAUAAAAUCUUGAACAUAGGACUGUCCAUCUUCUAUGUUGAAUUGCCUUAAUGUUACUUUAUGGGUUGGAAAUAAUAAAGGCUGAGCUAAUUCAA